AUGGCUGAGUUUCUCUGCCCGGAGAACUCACUCAGUGGCAGUUUGCCCUCCGAAUUGGGUAGGCUGACCGGCAUUCAAGAGCUAGUAUUGUCCAUGAACUCCUUUACAGGAUCUCUUCCGAACGAGCUUGGGCAGUUGACUAGCAUGACACUUCUUGAAAUCUACCGGAACUCCCUCAAUGGCAGCAUACCAUCUGACCUUGGGCGGUUGACCAGCAUGGAAGAAUUGAAAAUGUCCAGGAACGCUUUCACAGGGUCUCUUCCAAGCGAGCUUGGACAGUUAAUCAACAUGACACUUCUUGAAAUCGACCGGAACUCCCUCAAUGGCAGCAUACCAUCUGAGCUUGGGCGGUUGAUCAGCAUAGAAGAAUUGAAAAUGUCCAGGAACGCUUUCACAGGGACUCUUCCAACCCACAUUGGGCUGUUGACCAACAUGACACUUCUUGAAAUCCACCGGAACUCCCUCAACGGCAGCAUACCAUCUGAGCUUGGGUGGUUGACCAGCAUAGAAGAAUUGAAAAUGUCCAGGAAUGAAUUCACAGGGUCUCUUCCAACCCAGCUUGGGCAAUUGACCAACAUGAGAGAGUUUAGCUGCUACCGGAACUCCCUAUAUGGCAGCAUCCCUUCUGAGUCUGGGCAGUUAUCCAAAAUAACGAGCUUGAACUUGAGGGAAAACUCCCUUUCCGGUUCUCUGCCAACUCAAAUUGGCUUACUGACACAACUGACCGAACUGAGUCUGAGAAGCAAUUCAUUGGAUGGACCCUUGCCCAGCGAAAUUGGAUUGCUGACACAACUGUCUGGUCUGUGGGUUAAUGAUUGUUUUUUUUCUGGUGCUUUUCCUAGCGAAAUUGGGCUGAUGGAGUCUCUGCAGAUACUGAACCUUCGCAACAAUUCCUUCAGUGGUUUGGUCAUCUCUGAAUUGGGGCAGCUUGGAAACCUACAAGAACUGGAUCUUGCAGUGAGUCCACCCUCACUGAGAGGGCCGUUUCCUUUCGAUUCCUUGCCUGGUAGCCUAGGCUAUCUGAACAUCUCUGGCAGUCCUGGUUUGGUAGGAUCCAUUCCAGAAGAGCUCUGUUUCCUUCAAAAAUCCUCUUGCUCUUAUGGGGAUGAUGCUCAGUGCUACAUUGACUUUGAUUGUUCCAGCUUGCUCUGUGGUUGUGAUUGCGACUGUUAA